UUACGAUAAGCCUUCCCUGACUCUUUUCCAUCUCAACAAUCACUGGGCACGUUUCAAUCGCACAAUUUAGCAUGUACAACCUCCUGGUCCUCGCAGGAGCCCUAGCUUCUGUCAGCGGAUUUCUCCUCUCUUCCAAAACCUCAAAUUGCACCGAUACCGAUUUUUUUUGCCAAAAUCUCCAAUGCGUCCCUUUGAAAAAACAAUGCGAUGGUACUCCCGAUUGCAGCGAUGGUUCCGAUGAGCACGAUUGUGAUAUGUUUCAUUGCGCCGAACCGGAUUUUUUCCGCUGCAAAAACACGAGAUGUAUCAGUUCUGCAUUUGUGUGCGACCUUGAAAACGACUGCGAUGAUUUUUCCGAUGAGGAAAAUUGUGAAGAGUUUAAGAAGAAGCUUGAAAAGAACUCCACGUGUGGGAAAGACCAAUGGCAGUGCACGGAUAAGUUGUGUAUACCAUUGGAAUGGGUGUGCAAUGGGGAGGCUGAUUGUUUGGAUGGGUCAGACGAGGCGCUGGGUUGUAGUCACACCAUGGAAUGCGAUGAUGGGUUUAAAUGCAAAAACGGACAUUGCAUUUUUAAAGAAUGGAGAUGUGAUGGGCAGGAUGAUUGCAGAGAUAACAGCGAUGAAGAAGACUGCGAAAGUCAUGUCGAACCCAAAGAAUGUACAUUGGAAAAUCAGCGAUUUCUCUGUUCCGAUGGUAAAACUUGCAUCAAGUUGAGUCAAGUCUGUGACGAGGUGAACCAUUGUCCUGAUAAAUCCGAUGAAGGGUUUUCUUGUAAUAAAACCUGCGAAGAUUGCUUACACAAUUGCGUCCAGCUACCAACAGGACCCAAAUGCUUGUGCCCCAAAGGUUACCGCAAUAUUGAUGAAAGACACUGUCAAGACAUCAACGAGUGCGAAACUUACGGUAUAUGUGACCAGAAAUGUAAAAACACGCCAGGGUCGUUUGAAUGUUACUGCGAGGAAAAUUACAGCCUCCAAGAGGAUAAGAAAAGUUGCAAGGCUCAUUUUGGUGAAGCUACGAUGUUUUUCAGUUCGAAAGACCAAAUUCGGGCAUAUUUGUUGCGCUCUGAGUUGUAUUUUCCAGUGGCUAAAAAUUUAAAUCAAGUGGUUGGAGUUGAUUUUGAUGGACAGUAUGUAUACUGGACUGAUAUUUUAUCAGAACAUGAAAGUAUAGUCAGGUCGUUGAAAAACGGAGAGCAGAAAGAGUUGUUGGUAACUGCCGGUUUAGGUGCCCCUGAAGACCUCCAUGUGGACUACAUCACCAAAAAUAUCUACUUCACCGAUGCGGAACGCCAACAUAUUGGCGUUUGUAACAACGAUGGUUCGUUCUGUACCGUGCUAGUAACCAAAAAUGUUCAAAAACCCCGAGCUAUUGUUCUUAAUCCACUGGAAGGAGAAAUGUACUGGACGGAUUGGGGCCACCAGCCGCAAAUUGUGCGCGCCCUCAUGGAUGGUACCAAUGGUGCUUCUUUCAUCUCAAGUGACAUCCAUUGGCCCAAUGGUCUGACCAUCGACUACCCAAACUCGCGUCUCUACUGGACCGACGCCAAACUCAUGACCCUUGAAAGCAUUCGUCUUGAUGGUACCGACCGUCGAAUUGUCCUCGAUGAAAUUGUCAAACACCCAUACGCUAUCGCAGUUUUCGAAAACCGUCUAUAUUGGUCAGACUGGUCCACCCAUUCCAUCCAAUCAUGCGAUAAAUUCACCGGUAAAAACCACCACACCUUAAUCAAGGAACAGAAAGAGUACAUUUACGGAAUUACCAUCUACCACCCCAACAACCAUAAAGCACCCCAUCUGAAUCCAUGUGCUCAUAAUCCUUGCAGCGAUAUUUGUCUGCUAAGUGGCCCCCAGAGCUUCACUUGUGCCUGUCCUCAGAACAAGGAAUUGAGUUCAAAUGGACACACUUGUAGAGAUUUGGAGAAGAAACAGAAAUUGGUACUUGGAGCCGGGAACCUUCUUAUGGAAGUUGAACAUCAGGUUUUGGGCCGACAUGACGUCCAAGCUAUGCCCAUGAUGGUCAAGAAAAUGGGAGCCUUGACUUAUAACAGUGUGGAAAAUGUCAUCUAUGUUAGUGAUUUGGAAACAAGAAAAAUUAUAAGUGUUAACUUGCAUACAGAAAUGGUAAAACCAAUCGAUAUUGAGAGUUUAGGUCAAGUCACAGCUAUGGAUUAUGAUCAUUUGGGAAACAACUUAUAUUGGUGUGACUCUCUACGUGAUACAAUCGAAGUUUACAAUUUUAACACCAACUCGCGAAAAAUUCUUCUACACGAUACGCAUGGAGAAACUCCUGAAUCGAUUGCUUUAGUACCGGAAGAAGGGGUCAUGUUUGUAGCUUUUCGGAGAUUUGGUCAACGUGACGGUCACGUGGAUAGGUUUCUCAUGGAUGGUACCAGCAGAACCCAUCCAAUAGAACAUGGACUUCUUGGUCCCAUCUCUCUUUUCUACGAUAGUGACAUUCACCGAAUCCUCAUCGCUGAUUCUGGUACUCGAAAUAUCGAAAGUACCAGUGUUGAAGGUGAUGACAGACACGGUUUCCGGUCACUUCAAACCAACCCAAUUGGAAUAACAACGCUUAAAUCUGAAGUUUUCUGGGUUAACCGAAAUUCGAAAGAGUUGUAUUGGGCCGAUAAAUACAACACUGGGGAUCAUGAUUACAACAAGAAAAUCACUUUAGAUUUGCCCCACGAUAUUGAUCGAAUGUACUUAGUGUCGGUCACUCCUCACAAAAUUGGCCUAAGUCCGUGUCAACGAAAGAAUGGUGGUUGUUCACAUUUAUGUCUUCAGUGUCACAAGACAAUAGUUUGUGCUUGCCCAGUUGAUAUGAUCCUUGACUCCGACAAUAAAACUUGCAUCAAACGCAUUGAUUGCACUUCUGAGGAAUUUUUCUGUAGUGGUUCCAAUACUUGUGUCCUCAAGAAAUUCAUGUGUGAUGGUGAAAGAAAUUGCCCGAAUGGGGAAGACGAAGCUGAUUGUAAAAAACCAAAUCAUUGUCCUCACAACAAUUUCCAAUGCAACGAUGGAGAGUGCAUUGAUGAAAGAUUCAAAUGCGAUUAUAAAUUUGACUGCAGAGACAAGUCAGAUGAACACAACUGUAGCGUUGAGGCGAAAAAAUGCCCUCCUAAACAUUUCAUGUGCAAAAGUGGGCAAUGUAUCAACGACCGACUCGUCUGUGAUGGUGUCAAAGACUGUCUAGAGGAGGAAGACGAAACUAAUUGUGUUUCAACAGUGUGCAAAGAUUACGAAUUCAGGUGUCAAUCAGGAGCUUGCAUUCCGAAAAACUGGGAAUGCGAUCACGACUACGAUUGUCCAGACUUUUCCGACGAACAUUCUGGCUGUGCUUCUUGCGACACCUCAACUUUCACUUGUAAUAACGGGAAAUGUAUCGACAAAAGCUUCGUUUGCGACAAUGAGAAUGAUUGUGGUGACAACUCAGACGAACUUUCCUGCGUUAUGGAGAAUUCCUGCGAUUUGGGCGAAUUUCCCUGCUCUUUGCACAGCCAUAUUUGUCUCCCAGAUUCAGCCCGAUGUAAUGGAACCUCCGAAUGUCCACACCACGAAGACGAGCAAAGCUGUUCCAACUGUCACGUCGAUGAAUUCUCCUGUAAUAACACAAAGUGUAUCCCGAGGGAAUGGAUUUGCGACCAUUCGGAUGACUGCGGCGACGGCUCAGAUGAAGAUUCCUCGUUGUGUAACCACACAAUCCCAGAACAAGACAUGAAUUUGUCUUGCGUUGAUACCUUUCAGUGCAAGAAUGGGAAUUGUAUCGAUUUUUCAUUGGUUUGUAACGGAGAACCCAAUUGUUACGACGGUUCGGAUGAAGGAGGGGUUUGUAACACUUCGUGUAGCUCUCUAAAUAACCCUUGCACACAAAUUUGUGUCAAAACACCAACAGGAGCCACGUGUAAAUGUCAAGAAGGCUACCAGUUGCAAGGAGAUGGCCAAACAUGUGAAGAUAUCAACGAGUGUGAAGGACAUCCGCCGGUUUGUAGCCAAAUUUGUCACAAUUCGCAAGGAUCAUACUCGUGUGAUUGUUAUAAAGGGUUCGCUCUUAGGUCAGAUAGGACAAGUUGUAAAGCCGAAGGCACCGCAAUGUCUCUCGUUUUUUCCUCAAAUAAUCAAAUUCGGGAAAUGUCACAAGUGGAAAAUUCUCUCAAGUUGAUUUACUCGGAUGAAACUCCCAAGAUUACAAGCCUGGAAGUUGGGAUCAAAUCUGGAGAUAUUUAUUUUACAGUUGAGAAUUCGGAUGCUAUCCUUAAGAUAAAUCAAGGUGAUACGAAACGAGAAUACUUGGAAAAUGUGGGACAACCAACCAAAAUCUCUCUUGAUUGGAAGACAAACAACUUAUACUACGUUAAUAAUGCUCCAGUAACUAAAUCAAUCGGACUUUGCAAUUUUGAGGAUAAGACGUGUGCCAACCUCAUCCCUAUUGACACUCAUCGACAAGUCUCGGCCCUAGUUGUGGACUCUACAAACAACUUCCUUUUCUACUCCCUUGUCAGUUGGUGGAUUUUCAACUCCCCAAGUUACAUCAUCUACAAGACAAACCUCGAUGGAACUGAAACUCAAGAACUGGUCAAAACCUCCCCCGGCUACAUCACCGGAAUUUCCUACGAUUUGUACAAGAAAGAACUCUAUUUCAUCAACCAACACCAACUGAGCAAAAUUAAAUACGACGGCAGUGAUAGAACUAUUUUGGUCUCAAACUUGACUCGACCACAAGGUUUGACUUUCUUUGAGAAUUACUUAUACUUCCAAACUGGGAAUUUCAUACAAAAGUGUCGCUUAUAUUCACCGAUCAUUUGUGACUCCUUUAGUCUCAAAAGUGACUUAUUUGCCAUCGUCCAAGAAUCACGGCAGCCAGAAUUUGGGAAUAAUCCGUGCCAAAACCACACGUGUAGCCAGCUUUGUGUUCCUGCAAAGCUCCACUAUCGGUGUUUAUGCGAAAAUGGCAAGUUUGUGAAGCCGGAGGAGGAAUGCGACACUUUGCUGAGAGAAGCAAGUGAUGAUGGGAGGAGAGUAAAAACACUCCAUUACGUGGAUAAUUACGCAGGUUCAAAUUUGGGGCCGGUGAUUGCCGGUGUGAUGAUUUCCAUCUGCUUGAUCACAUUCGGUGCUGUUCUUUAUUAUUUGAUAAAAAGGCGCAAUAAUGGAACUUUUAAUGUGAUUAGUAUGAAGUUUCAUAAUCCGGGUUAUGGUUUGCAUAUUGACGAACCCGAAAAUAAGUCGAUACUUCAACCCGGACAACACGAAUAUGAAAAUCCGGUUGAAUUUUACGGCGUUGAAAAUAAUAAACACACUAAUCUUCAAGUUAACGUUUAACAUUUUAUAGUGAUUGUUUUAAUGUUGUUUUAUACUAAUUUGUUGUUUCGUUGUUAAUCGCAGUCGUUUUAAUUAUCAUAUCAAUUUAUAUUUAUAGCAGAAAAUAAAAUUUUAUGAAUGUUU